CCGCGGCGGGGGUUUUCGAGCUGCCAAAUGAGGUCGUGCGGAUGAGUCUACCACCCUUCCUGAAGUAGGCAAGUAUGGCAACGGAGGAUAAGACGGGUAAUCAUGAAAGCGAGGGAGAACCAGGAUUAGGAGGCAGUGCUGAGCAAAGCAAGGAAGGACAGAAGGACAGGGAAUCAGCAAAUCCGAAUGGCACCAAAGGGAACCAGAAGGAAAUGUCCUCAGGAGAGAGCUCGGGAAAAGUUGGGGGAAGCAGACAGGGGACCCAGGAAAACAAGGAGGGCAGGAAUAAGGAUAGGGCGAGCCCCGGGAACUCGGAGGGAGCUGUGUCUAAGAAAGUAAGGGUCACGGACGCGAGGUGCAAACUAGCAGAAAUAGAGAAAAGGACCGCGGAAUACAAGGCAAGGUUAAUUGAGGAAAUGAUGAUUGGGAACGAGGAAGGCCCUCUGCAGGCGGUACCGCGAGACGAACGGAAAACCAGCCGGGACGGAACUAGGCAAGGGGACAAGGGUAGUGACCGUGGGGGAACGCCGAGCAAGAGAAGGAAAGAGAGAGAGAACUCUCCGGGGAUGGAAGCAAAAAAGGCUACGACUCCGCCAGCCAUGGACAGUAGGGCUAGCCGCCUGCCGAUCACGCCAGCAGUAGCGCGAGGGUGCGAAGGACUUUGGAGCCUUAGGGAAAGAGUGCUGGGAUGGUUUGACCCGGAAGGAACUAUGAAAACCAGGGAGGGACAGAAGGCCGACAAGGAAAGUCCGGAUAACAGUGUGGCAGGUGAGGCCAGCAGCUCCGAGGGCGGCCUUAAGAAGAUAGUGUCGUCCCUUGCGCGAGCACUAAACAAAAAUCAAGGCUAUCUGGCAGAUGCCAAGAAAAAGCUGACUUUCGAUGGAGCAAACAUCACGGAGUUCUUGAUCGACUACGAGAACCUAGUUGCGUUACUAAAGUGGACCAAGGAGGAAAAGAUAGACCAUCUAGGACAGCAUGUCGUUAAGCCUAGGACGGGACAUAAUGGUCAUUGUAGUCGCAAGCCGGUUUUGGAAGAAGACCCGGGAUGUGAUGAUGAGGAAGUACCUAGCGGCAGAGAAAAUGGCAACGGAGGCCGACCUAGCGGCAGUUCAAAGGAAGAACUUCGCAACGCUAGCCCUAGGUUGCUCAAAGGGCUCAGACAACUGUUGACUCAGAGGCGAGUAGAAAUAGGCGACAACCCCGAAUUACCAGAAGGGGAGAGGGAACAGGAAGCUCCGCAAGAAGUGGCUAACCUUCAGAGGAGUCACGGGGACUUGGAGGAUCUCGAGAAGGCCUUUGCAGACAUUCGCUUGAGCUUGCCCGACCGAGAGGGCGGCGAAGUCAUGAGAUCGUCACCCGGGACGAAGCUUAGCUUUCAUGCGCUGUCCGUAGGGAAACUGAAAAUCCAGAUUGGGAGUCAUCAUACCGACGCAUUAGUAGACGGGGGAGAAGAAAUCACUCUCAUAAGAAGAGAUUUCGCAACGAUCACAGGAUGUACGGUAAACAAGGAAGUAACAGGGAGCAUCCGGGGAGCUGGCGGGGAAAUCCCGUUCGCUGGGUAUAUCCUGGAUGCGCGAGACAACCUGAGCGGGUUCGUGGAGGCAGUCGUCCUCAAGAAAAAGACAGGGAGAAGUGUGGCGGACUGGAUAGAAGACUUCUACUUGUACAGGUAUAUCCUGGAUGCGCGAGACAACCUGAGCGGGUUCGUGGAGGCAGUCGCCCUCAAGAAAAAGAUGGGGAGAAGUGUGGUGGACUGGAUAGAAGACUUCUACUUGAGGCAUCCGUUCGUCAGGAGGUUUAUAGCAGACAAUGGGACGGAGUUUGUGAACCAAGAAGUAUUGGGGAUGCUUAAGAGACUCUGCGUACCAAUCAAGCUCAUUGAGUCAUAUCACGCUGAGGCCAACGCACCUAUGGAAAGGGGGCACCGAACAUUGAAGAACACGAUUGCAAAGCUCGCAGCGGACCAUCUGGGGAACUGGCCUAGGUGUCUUAAGCAGGCUGUCUUUGCAGAGAAUAUGACCCCUAAAAGGACAACAGGAUGUAUCCCGGCAGAGCUUUGGUACGGAAGAGAGAUCGACUUUCCUGUAGAAGCCUUGGUACCUACCUGGAAUAGGUUAGAUGAUGAUCCGCAGAUGACCACUGAAGAGUUAAUCGAGGCAAGAUGUCAACAAAUCCUUAAGAAUGAGGAGGUCAUAGAGGACAUCGCCAACCGGGUGCUGGACAGCAGAAUGAGGGACCAAGCAAGGUGGGACCAGAUUAAGAAUGUCAGAAAGGAGCUACUUCAGGUGGGGGAGAUGGUAUUGCUAAGGAACUCGGCACUAGAAAGUACUUGGUCGGGACAGUUGGGAAAGAGGUUCAAAGGCCCCUACCGGGUCGCCAUGUGAGAAUGACGAGAACGUGUAUAAUAUGGGCAGGCUUGCUAAGGAGGAAGUGAAAAGAGGGUCAGCUAAGGCUGUGUCACGAUA